GGAGGAUUGGCAGGAGGGGAAGGAGGAAGCGCGGUCCCGCGACGCGACUCGACAGCAUGGAGGCUCCAGGGCGGCCCGCCAUGGCUGCAGGAGGCCCCAGCGCGGGGUCUGCGCCCCACAUCCCCUCCGCGUCCUCCCUGCCUCUGGCUGCGCUCAACGUGCGAGUGCGGCGCCGCCUGUCGCUGUUCUUGAACGUGCGGACACCGGUGGCGGCUGACUGGACCGCGCUGGCCGAGGAGAUGGACUUCGAGUACUUGGAGAUCCGGGGGCUGGAGACGCGCCCCGACCCCACCGGCAGCCUGCUGGACGAGUGGCAGGGACGCCCCGGCGCUUCCGUGGGCCGCCUGCUCGAGCUGCUUGCCAAGCUGGGCCGCGACGACGUGCUUGUGGAACUGGGGCCCAGCAUUGAGGAGGACUGCCAAAAGUAUAUCCUGAAGCAGCAGCAGCAGGAGUCUGAGAAGCCCUUACAGGUGGCCGCAGUAGACAGCAGCGUCCCACGGACGGCAGAGCUGGCAGGCAUCACCACGCUAGAUGACCCCCUGGGGCAAAUGCCCGAGCGUUUUGAUGCCUUCAUCUGCUACUGCCCCAGCGAUAUCCAGUUUGUGCAGGAGAUGAUCCGGCAGCUGGAGCAGACAAACUAUCGACUGAAGUUGUGUGUGUCUGACCGUGAUGUCCUGCCUGGCACCUGUGUCUGGUCCAUCGCCAGUGAACUCAUUGAGAAGAGGUGCCGCCGGAUGGUGGUGGUUGUCUCUGAUGAUUACUUGCAAAGCAAGGAAUGUGACUUCCAGACUAAGUUUGCGCUCAGCCUCUCUCCAGGUGCCCAUGAGAAGCGACUGAUCCCCAUCAAGUACAAGGCAAUGAAGAAAGAGUUCCCCAGCAUCCUACGGUUCAUCACUGUCUGUGACUAUACCAACCCCUGCACCAAGUCCUGGUUCUGGACUCGCCUCGCCAAGGCUCUGUCCCUGCCCUGAAGACUGCCCUGGGACCCUGGGUACUCUGGAAAGGACCCAAUAUGCCAGCAUUUACACCUUCAGUGGAGCACAGAGCAAGAAGAGAGCUGCUUGAAUUCACACAGCAAGUUAGCUGCAGACACAGCUGUUUCCCUCCCUGGCGGAUUUGUACAUUAGUCACCCUCAAGCUCUCCUUUGAGAAGAAAAUGUCAUGGUCUCAGGUCUCUGUCCCAGGGGAGACCCAGACCCUAAAUCUAAUAGAAAAUGGGUGUCUUCUCUGCUCCACCGCUAGCGGUACCUUGGUGGGGGCAAGGUACCUUUCCUCAGGGUCUUGGAGGGACUGGAGGCCCCUCUCUGCAUGAUCUUGAUGAAGCACUUAGCUACUGUGUACCUAUCCCCACUUUGAUAUUGGGAAGUAUUUUAAAACAAUUUCAGGAAAGUAUCUUUCACACCUGUUUUGUAUGCAUUGUGAGAAUUUCAAAAAGAGCUGAGAAAUGCCUAUGUCAUUUCUCCUUCCAUAUCCUGGGUUUAUAAUAAAGAGUUCUCUACUUUGGGAACAGCACGUUUCAUUUGCAUCUGGGAGUCUGGAAGCAGUAAACUGGGAUAAGGCUCUCCUGGGUAAGAGAAACUGACCUACUGAGUAGGUUCCAGUGGAUUUGGCAGGGGCUUCCUGAAGGCUGGGCCCCCUCCCUCCUCACAGGCUCCAGGCCUCACCAGGGCUGCAGGCAAAACCAGGAAUAGCAGCCUCAGUUCCAGAGGCUGGGGAAACUGCUCGCCUCCACCAAGCUUGGUCUUCCCUGGAUUGUGCCAUCCUCCUGGGUCUAGCCCGGACAGUGGGCAUGGGCUGCUCUUCUAGGCCUCACCUCGUUCCAGCCUACAGAUCUCUGGAGAACUCAGUUGUUAUCAAUAAUGGUCAUCCUUGGGCAUGUCUGUGUUAAUCCGAUAGGUGUUGAUCCAUUUUUAAAUAGAUUGUAUCACUUUUUCGCUGUUCACUCAAGAAAAUUUGGAAAAUAUAAAGAAAAAAAUUCACCCAUAGUCCUAAUCCUAGGGAUAACUCUAGUGAUCUUUUAGAGUGCCCAGAAAUUAUUAGCAACCGUAGCUUUUCUCUCAAUGGUCUGUUAGCAUGUCUUGGCUCCUGAGCCUCCUGGAGACUAGAGGCUCCCCAGCCUUACCCCUGUGCCCUCAAGGACUUCUAGGAAGGCUCCAUGUAUUCAGGGCAGCCAUGAGGCAGGACCUUCCUCUCCAGUGUCCCCUGGGGAGCAAAGCUGCAGUGUGGUCCCAGCAAUGCCCCACAGGAUCUGCCCUGUGCCACCCAUGGCUGGGGGG